AUGAUUGGUAAUUCAGCUAUUAGAGAAAUUGCUCACUCAUGUUCUAACCUAAAAUACCUUGAUUUGUCAGGUUUUAGAGGUAUUAGCAGGAAUGUAAUGAAAAAGCUUAAUCAGAAUAUUGAGGUAGAAUGGGCUGAUACAGAAAAUAAUUGGUCAGAUUCUAAUAGCAA